AUGACGGUCAGGAAGAGAGACACUGUGGCUCUUGACCAGCUAAAGUCUGCACAGUCGGAGAUCUUGACGACAAUAGAUGAGAUGAGGGAAAUCGGAGUCAACUGUCACUUUGAGUUGCCCCAGAUCGUUUGUUGCAGCUGUGCUGAUGAGACCGAGGAAACAACUGUUUUGGAGCUCAUUACAGGAAUCUCGAUCCCUCCGCGGAGCGAGUGUUUUGCACCAUUGACAACUGAAUUCGUCCUACGCAGGCAUUCUCUUUCCUCUCUGACAGCCACACUCCUGUUUAGCGCCCCUGCAGCAGAACCAACCAUACCCAGAUCACACAAGUUCAGCCCAGGGAAGCUUCUGCAUGAGGGAGGUCUUUCUGUGUUAUUUGACGAAGUGACAACAUGCAUCAAUUUAGGAGAAAAGGCCGUGAUCGGUGACAUACUGAGGAUUGAAAUUUGUGGACCGGAGCAGCCAGACAUAGUUCUUGUGGACCUUCCAACAAUGCGCACUCGGGAUGGAGAAUUGCAAAAUAUGGGCGAUACUGCUCUGGGAGUAAUAAAAGGUUACUUUAGGAGCUCCAAUAACAUACUGCUUGCCAUCAUACCAACUAGUGCAAACGAGUGUGAUUUGGACAGCAUUACUUCUGUCAUCAAGCAAUUCGACCCGAAGUACGAAAGAAGCUUGGAGAUCGUCACAUUCCGGGAAAAUAUUACACUGUCAGGAGAAGAGGACGAGAAAAUCCAAUUCAUCAAAGAUAAUGGAGCUACAUUGAAGACUCGAUGGCAUGCCGUGAGUUUGGAUCUCUCCGGCCCUAGUACAUUGCCUGGCGUCGCUCGGAAAUGCGCGGGGAUAGAGAAUCUGAGACACCGAAUAAGCAACUUGAUUUUGGAACGGAUAAAGCGCACUAUUCCUGAUCUUGUUAAAAGAGCUAACGGAGCGUUGUCGGACAAUCGCACUAAGCUCGGUAAUAUGGGGAGGCCUCGAUCAACCAUUGAGGAGAAACGAGGGCACCUUUUGCAGAUUGCGUGUCGGUUCGAAGUAGUGAUCAAACAAACCCUAGAGGGAAUAUACAGGGACGGGUUUUUUGACGAUAUCAGCGAUAAGCCAGCCUUGAAUCCUCGACGGCUUCGACUCGUCAUGAAAGAAUUGCACCGGGAUUUCGUGGAAGCCUUGCACGUUGGAGGAUCCGGGCGCCAGAUCUCCAGUUCUGAUGGUGAAUUGAAUAACAGUGAUUUGGAUUGCAUUCCCACCAACCGAUACCUGCGUAACUGGUCCCCCAACCCUGUCAAUCGGGAGGAUCUUGAGAAAGAAAUCCAAGAGCACGUACGAUACUACCAAGGUUUUGAUUUACAGCAAUUGGUUGGAGGUCUUCUUAGAGAUCAAACGAAGCCUUGGGACGACAUGGCCCAAGCGCACCUUAGGGCUGCUUGGGAGCUAGUAAAUGAGUUUCUUUCCCUCCUCGCUAACUACGUUGCCGAUGAGCAUACAUGUCAUUCGAUCUCUAAACAAUUCGUGGAACCGGCUAUGGAAGCAAUCAAAGAAGGACUUCAACGAAAGCUUGAAGAACUGAGCUUCUAUAAAGCCAAAAGCUACCCGAUCCUUCACGACAACUGCAUCUUCGAUUUGGUGAAUCAGGCCGACAAUCUGGAAGCAAAUAUCCUGGUUCCAUUCUGCGGUGGCAGUAGGCCUACUGAACCAUCUGCCCACCAGCGUGUUGAAUCAAAAAUCAUUGACUUGAUGGAACAGUAUUACGGUAAAGCGCUUACUGUUUUUACCGAGAAUAUAGCCAUGUUGGCGAUUGAAAACUGCCUGUUAACUCCACUUGAGACCAUCUUCACUUGCAAAAUGAUCUGCGAAAUGGACACUGAGCAGAUUGUACGUCUUGCCUCCGAGCCUGCUUCUGUUCAGGACGACAGGGAAGUACUGCAGAACAAUGUUGAGCGGCUGCAAGCAUGCUUGAAAAUUUGCAGCAGAUAUGACAACAGCAGUAGAUUGCUCAGACAACAGCACAAUGAAUCGAGGCAAGAGUUUGCCCCAGUUACAGCUCCAGACCCCAGCACUCGCCAUUCAGCUGUAUUUGCCGCAAUCCAGCGCGUUCAACAAGUCGAGAACGACAGCUCACAAAAAAGGCCAAAUACUGAUAUCCAUCCCAGCGACUUGUUGUCCGCCAAAAAGGCGCGAACCAUCGCAAAUUCCAACGGAAGUGGCUUUGCAUCCACCCCAGCCCAAAAGUCCAGUGUUUUCGGCACCCCCUCUGCUUUACCCGAUGGUUUAAAUUCAAAUAAUCAGCUCGGAGUAGGAGCGGGAUCGGGAUCAGCAGGCCCGUUUAGCAGUACAAGCAGCCAACAACCCAGCCCCUUCUCCAUCCUCGCGCAAGCUCCACGGCCUAGUGUCUUUGAAAACACCGAAUCAUCACAAUCUCAGGAACCGUCCUCAGCACCACUUGUAUUCGGACGGCCUUCCACUCCCAGCACGGCUUUCUUUGAUAUUGCAAAGUCUGGUCCAGAAGAGUGA